AUGUGGUUAUUUAAUUGUUGCAUUAAUGGAUUCCUAAUAUUUACCAGACUACAAAUUAUAAAUAUUGUUCAAGCAACAAAUAUACCAUCGCAAGUGAUUGAGCUGAAUGAUAAAUUCCUUCAAGUGAAGAACGAUGGCCUGUGGUUUGUUGACUUCUAUGCUCCUUGGUGUGCACACUGCAAGCGUUUGACUCCAGUUUGGGAACAAGUUGGUCAUGCAUUAGCCGAUCGUCAGUCCCUUGUUCGGGUUGCUAAACUCGAUUGCACUCGUUACACGAAUACUGCUUCUGCUUUGAAUAUUCGAGGAUAUCCGACGAUUAUUUUUUUCCGCAAUGGAAGAGAGAUGGUUUAUGAAGGCGAACGAAAAAAGGAAGCAAUCAUUGACUUCGCAAUAAAAGCUGCUGGUCCCAUGGUGGGCAUCAUCGAAAGUGUUCAUCAAUUAUCACAGAUGCGAAAAGAUUUGAAAGAACCAUUUUUUGUGUAUGUGGAAGAAAACCAUGAUGCACAGCUUCUUGAAUCAUUUGAUAAGUACAGCGAUAUUGCCGAAAUGUUGUUUUCAUCAACGCGAUUUUAUCGUGCAAAGAGAGAUGUGUUUCCAAAAUCCGUUUCGAUUCUUGAAAUUCCAUCAGUUCUUGUUUUCAAAGAUGGGGAAUAUUUAACUUAUAAAAGAGAAGGAAGGAGUUUAAGUGACUGGAUUCACAGCGAGCGUUGGUCUUUAAUACCGCUUAUCACCUCAACAAAUGUCAAAGAAGUUGGAAGAAUGCGAUUACUGGUUUUGACAGUCGUAAAUAUGGUUGAGAGGAGGAAUUAUACAACUCGAGUAGGAAAAUUCUUUUCGUUGGUUACUAAUGUAGCCCAAAUGGUUCGUAAAGAUUCCUAUCUUUCGAAUAUUUUCCAAUUUGGUUGGUUGGAUGGUAAUGAACUAGCAAAUAAUGUUAUUUUGGGUUUACUGGUUUUCAAUGUUACGAGUUAUGAAUAUUAUUCAAGCAAUGAUGCCGUAAGCGUUAUGACGGAAAAAAGUAUUAUUUCAUUCUUGGAACGGAUAGCAACAGGUGAUGUAGCGCCACUUGGAGGACGUUCGUUAUCACAGCGUUUCAAACGCUUGUGUUUUGAGGUUUUCACAAACAUAGCGGAAAUGUUCAGAGCACAGCCUCUGCUAACACUAUGUUUACUUGGAGUGCCCUUAUCUUUCCUUUCAUUAAUAACUUACUGUAUUUGCUCAACAGAUUUCUCAAUAGACCGUGAUGAAAUUUAUCCGGAUGAUGAUGACAGCUUUAUAUCAGAUGACGAGAAUCAUCAGAAGGAGGAGUAA